AUGUCCUCAAAUAUUACCUAUUCAUAUAAUUCAAUACAAAAUCCUCCAGAAAUCAAUCAGCAUUAUAGGUAUCAGUUACAAGAGAAAUGUAAGGCACUUUUUCUCAGAACUCAAAACAAUACAAGUGCAUUAUAUGAGGAACUAAUAAUGAAAGUAUGCAAUAUUUCAAAGGGUGAUCAUCGUAUGGCAGCAUUGGUAAAGGAUGUGGGUGGCUGGUAUAAUUCGUAUCGCUAUAAAUUGCAUGUUGCUAUUUUGCAACUUGCAGAAGAAUUCUCUAAAACACAUCAAUGGGAUGGGGAAGAGCCGCCCAUGAUUGAAAUAGAAUUAUUUGUUAGCGAAAAUGUAUGGCGACAAGCACUCCAUUUUUAUUUGAAAGCUACGGACUUUCCAACUUUGAAUAAAGAUACUGAAAUACUUGCGAAACUCGGCACUUUUAUACGUAAAAUGGUUAAUGAUGUUCUUAAGGACCAAAAGAGAGACGAAGAUACACAACAUUUGAUCAAAAAAUACAAUGAGUAUACUCUUGAAUUAAAAAUACCAACAAAGCUUAGUAUAGCAAAAUUUUUGCAAGUUAGAGAUCUUUUAGAUUGUUAA